ACGCCAGACAAAGAGUAAUAUUAUUAAAGAUACUGAUGCUGAUAGUAUAAUAUCUGACAAAAUGCACCAAGAAGAAUCAGAUACAUUCUUUACAAAUCUACAUCAAGACCAACAAAUAAUAGACCCAAAUGAAUAUCAAAAGCCAUAUAUAUCACCCAACAUGUCAGAAUUAAAUAUUGGCGAAUCAUCCUAUUCACAACAAGAACUAAUACCUCCACCGUCACCAAGGUAUUCUACGAAUACCUCACCAACGCAUACUAGAACAGCAUCAAUACAUUCAACAGAAGAUACAAAUGAUUUUAGUCAACUAGACAUUUCACCGCAUCCAAUAACUAUAAUACUAGCAAAACCAAAAUCAUUUGGAGAAAAACUUAGUGAUACAUUCUCAACAGCAACUUCAUACUUACCAAAGUUUUUACGAAAGAAAACUAUAUCUGAUUUAAGACAAACUGCGAUGAAAGACAAUGCAGUGUCACAAAUAAAAGAAGAAGAUAACCGA